CUCUGUGUCGUCUCUUUCCUUGCUGCGUCUCCGACGAAUGCCACUGCCAAAAACCCUCUCAAAGUCCUCGCCUGGACACUCUCCGAUUGCUCAAGCCGAAGCCGACGCCGACACACUGUCGCUGAUCCUCGGAGUCUCCGAAUCUACUUCGUUCCUUCUCCACAGUUUGUUAUUUUUUCUGGGUUUGUGGAAAUACAUUGGAAGCUUCGAGUGGAGUGAGGUAUUUUUGCCCGCGUAGGUAUCUGACUGCGUAGUUGCAGCGUUUUUUUUUUAUUGAGCUGGGUUUUUGGAGGCUUUCCAGCUUUUCUCCUUCUGAUUUGCUCUAAAGUUUGCUCUUUUGCUCGAGUUCUUGGAAAAUCUGGCUUUGGAGGGAAGCUUGGCUUCUCAAAUUUUCGAAACUUAGUUUGCUUGCGAGCAUUUUGGGAAGUUAAAUCGCUUCGUGUUAGGGUGAACUGAUACUGACGUAAAGGACUAAAGGUUGCAUCUGGGACGGUAACCUGGUUUGUUGCUCUGUUAUUAAGAUAGUGGUGAACCCUCGACUCUUCAAGUGAAACAGAAUUAGAUAACUACUGAGUUCAACUUUAUUAUCACUAGGGAUUCUUUGCUUGAAAAGAAAUGUGGCCAGCCUGUAUUUUGCUGUAAUGAAGAACACACAGGGCACACAAGAAAUACAAUCUUCAAACCAUGCUUCUCAUGAUUCUCAAAGUGACCAACAGAACAACCUGGGAGCAGAGGCUCCCUUGCCGGACUCCAGCUCUAUUUCUACAUCAAACAAUGAAACCAAAAGAGUUUCGCGCAAAGAUAUAGAACUUGUCCAGAAUUUGAUAGAGCGUUGUCUACAACUUUAUAUGAAUAGAGAUGAAGUUGUCAAGACACUGUUGACUAGAGCGACAAUAGAUCCUGCAUUCACGACACUAGUUUGGCAGAAGUUGGAAGAAGAAAAUGCUGAUUUCUUCAGGGCGUACUAUAUCAGGUUAAAACUGAAAAAGCAAAUUCUGCUGUUUAAUCACCUACUAGAGUACCAGUAUCAUCUCAUGAAAUAUCCUGUGCCUCCAAAGGUCCCUCUGGCCCCUAUACAAAAUGGAAUUCACCCAAUGCCUGUUAACAAUUUACCUAUGGGAUACCCAGUACUGCAGCAGCCUGCAAUUCCAGCACCAGGGCAACCUCAUAUUAACCCGUUGGGCUGUGGAAUUUCUAGCUGUCAUGUAGUGAAUGGAGUUCCUGCACCAAGCAACUAUCAUGCUAUGCGUGUAAAUUCAGGGAAUGACAGUGCAACUGAUGCGUCUGCCAUCAUUCCUCCGAGCAGUGCCAUGUCAUCCAUGUCAGAGAUGCCUGUGAGUCCUACAUCAGCGGCAUCUAGUGGUCAUUUCCCCUUCUCUGCUUCAGAAAUAUCUGGAUUGGGUGUAGAUACGUCGGCACUUGAUUCGGCAUUUACAUCUGAUGUAGCAAGUUCAGUAGGAUUGCAGCUUCCACCUGAUGGGGGACCUGGGAAUUCAAGAGACUCUCUUAGGUCAUUGGAUCAGAUACAGUGGAAUUUCAGUCUCUCAGAUCUAACUGCUGAUUUUUCAAACUUGGGAGAUUUAGGGGCCCUUGGAAACUACCCUGGUUCACCAUUUCUUCCCUCAGAUUCAGAUAUUUUGCUUGAUUCUCCUGACCAGGAGGAUAUAGUGGAGGAGUUUUUUGUAGAUGUCCCUGGGCCAACAGGUUCUCAGUCAGAUGAAGAAAGGUCCUAGAUCCAAGUGAGACCUGAUUUGUUAGGGUAGUUUAAGGAUUAGGUUAGAAAAAUAAGUCCUUGCCAUCCAAUAUACUGGCCUGGUAGGUUUUUGUCAGUGACCAAUGGGGAAUUCUUCACUUUCACUUAUAGCUUGUCACCGACAAAUGUGGGCUUUUGUACUAAAUAUUACUUUGACAAUCACUAGCCCCAGAUGGAAACUAUUCUGCUGUAACUUUAAUUUUCUCAGAUUCGCCCAGCUUAUGGACCUAUUUAUCUACCUCAUUGAAUAUUGUCUUGGGAAAAUUGUUGCG